AUGUCAGCAUUGUCGAGUAUUAAUACAAAGAAUACAUCAAGUGAUAUUGAACGAUUAGCACAAUCCAUUGUUGUCGUUGUUGAUCAUCUCUAUUUUGAAUAUGGUCUUUGUGCAUUUGUUAAAUUAAAUACAGCAGGAGCUGCUGAUUGUAUUUUUCAAGUUCUGAACAAAAUUCAACACUCUAGAACUAUAACUUCUCUCAAACAGAACCUAUUUUGUUAUGUUACUGUUUACAUCAUAGCAAAUGCUCUCGAUCAACAUUUAACAACUCAUACUAUUGUUGAAUAA